GGCUACUGUGUCGCACUCACAAGGGGCUCGAUGCCCAUCUAAUCGGCGAUAUCUGGUCCUGGAUCAAGUACGAGCUUGAAGUUGGUAUUGGGCGAUUUCUGUACCCAAUCAUCAUGUCUAAGAUCUUGUCUGAGGCAGAUGAAUAUCGAGUUCGCCAACUGGAGCCAGUCGUCGAGAUGUUCAUUGCGGAGUGGACGCUCGCUGAAUCUCCCCCGCCAGGUGUUCCGCCCAUCGACACCGGAGAUAAGUGGGCGUACCAAAAGAAUGGCUGUCCAGCCUGUAUGCUGGCACGCAUCGGCUCAGAUGAGGGUGCGUUAUUUGCAAUCUUCGCUGGCAUGAACGGCCAUCACCGGUCACGCAGUGGCGGCCAGAAGGGUGUAGACAAGAUCAAGAGCAAACGGCUACGUUUCGUGCGAUACUGGAUGCAUACCCACACAAACGGCGACCAAGCAGCUCAGGAUGCAUACGACCUCGGCGUAGAGCUGAGAGAGUUACAUCGUGACGCAAAAUCAUAUCUUCGGCGAUCUAGGCAGCCUACGCAAUAUACACGAGAUAGCCUUGACGAGGUGCCAGUCACCGCUCGUCAUUGUCUGGACGACCAGGAGGAAGCUUGUUUGGACAUCUCAGAUCCCUACAACCCGAAGGACUGGACAACAAACACGCAUGAUCCCAAUAUUGGCCCCAUCCCCCCUCUCGAUCCCACAAUACCAACUAUCAUCGAAGGCUGGAACAACAAGCCCGUCCCAGACCUCCCACGAGCCAGCAUCCUCAUCCAGUCCCCAACUCCACACUUUACCAAAUCGACCCACUCCUUUCACGCUGUCCACACGAUCGAGAACGAUACACUCGCACCACUCCCCCUUCUCUCUCACGCAAACCUCAAGCGCCGCGACUCUGUCCUCGGCUCCUCAGGACCACCCAUCUACCCUCCCCGCCCAGCGUCAUCCAUCUACUCAUCACCCUCGCGCCUCACACUCGCAACAUCAAUCGCUUCGUACAAUAACCCCACAUCGGCUCCCCACCAAACCCGUACACAGCGCUAUGAUCCUAUGGAGUCGCUAGAAGAGCGGUUAGACAAGUACCGUAACAUGAUGGCGAGGACAUCGUUUGAACGUAAGGCUAACAAGGGUGAAGCUACGAUGGAGUUUCAGGGCCGCUUGCUGCCGAAACCGAGUCGAGUUAGCAUGUAUAGCGCGUUUGGAGAGGAGGAACACGGUGGGGAAGAGUUCAAGAUGGUGCAUGUUACGCCGCCACCCAGCCCGGGGUUUGAAGGUAUUGGUGAAGAGUAUGCUGAAGAUAAAUGGGACGGUGACGAUGUGGAUGUUGUUCCGGAUGCUCUUAGGCCACAAAAGCGCGGGUAGAGAUCUGAAUGAGGGACUGCAUAUCGCACUCAAUGACAAAGUGAGUCCUUUAACAUCGAGUACUGACAAGACAUAGUUUGGCGUUUUCAGCGUUCUUGCCUCAUACUGUUUGCGCUGCUGCCUUUACUAGCCUCCUUUGAAAGUUGUCGCUGCUUCCGUCACCUCGAUUCUACUUCACUUCGACCAUCCUUACUAUUGUCGGCCAAACUCAAUAAGUAGCGAUCUUCUCUCACUAGGCUUCGCACUCCGUCUUUUUUUAUGUCCCACUGCCGCUCCUCCUUCGCCCU